GCCGCCGAACUGCCCGAGCCCGCCGGCGGGCGGCGAAGGCGGCAAAGCUUCGGGGUGUGGCGAAGGGAAGCCCUGGGGAAUAUUUUGGGCUGCGAGGAGGGGUGGUGGUGAUGAAGAGGCAGCUGGGAGCGAUGGAGGUGGUGUAGGGCGCGGUGCUGUGAGGCAGCGGAGUGCGGCUGUGGGGGCUCCGGUGGUGUGAGUGGCUGCGCUUGGCUCUGUGAAACGGAGCGGCAGCGUGUGGAGAACACCGUGAGCCGUGGGGUAGGCUGUCCUCGCUGUGCUUCGUGUCUGUGCUUUGUGGCCCCAGAACAUGACACAGUGAUCUCGGGGCGGUGGGGGGAAGGAGAGGCCAUGGUUUCAGCUGGACUUUAAUCUCUUCUUGUAGAAGAUUUGAAGGGAUUGAAUGGUAAUUGCAUGGGAUUAAUCCUAAAGAAAUCAAAAAAUAAACCCUAAUGUAAGUUCUCCUUCAAUCUGUGCAUAAAAGGUGACACUUCAGGCCAGUAGAACACAUCUAGCAGCCCACCCCCAGCAUACAGCUCUGACAAGAAGUUCUGUGCUGUUGCCAUACAGGUGCACCUCAGCUUAUUCCUGAAUUCUCACUAAGAGUCCAAAGGUCUUUUUGGAAGAUGCAUAAAGAAAUACAGAAAAUGAAGGAAAUUAUCCUUGUUUACCUUGACAGAAGUGGUGGCCUUGAGAAAUUCAUCCACGAUUGCAAAAGAUACAACGACUCAAAACAGAGUUAUGCUGUGUAUCGUUUCGUUAUUUCAAUAAACCCUUCUGAUGUUGCUGAAUUGGAUGCAACUCUUGGAAACUGUAUUCUUCAUAAGCCCAUGGAAGCUGCAGGGAUUUUUCAGUCAGUAUGUUUCGUAGCUAUUAAGACGUUAUCAUUAAUCGAACAAUUACAGACGGAGGCCCAAAUAAGCAUACUGCUGAAACCAACACAUUUGCCACCGUUACCGAGUUACGUUCUCAGUCUUUCUGCAUUUCCAUUUAAUUACUCGUCUAAGAGAUUUUAUAUGUCUGAAGGAAUAGCGAUUGCAAUGGGAACUGUCACAAAAUACACCCAAGGAGCAAGAUUUCUUUGCACUGGGGAAACCUGUCCAUUCUCUGAAGGUUUUAGGUACAUAAGGGUGCAUCUGCCCGGAGCUACAGAAUCUGCUACAGUGAGGAAUGACUUUGUGUGCGGUUUGUGCUCUUCACCACUGCAGGAAGAUAUGAAGUUCAGAGUACUUGGUGAUGAACUGGCCAAUAGAAUGACAAUAGGAAACCACUACAAGAUAAUAGGAAUUCCAGCUUGUGUACAAAAUGGCCCACAAGCUACAGCGUGUAUAGAAGUCAGUAGUGUACAGCCCUGUAAACCAAAUGGUCCUUCUUUUAUCGGUGAAAAUUUUCAGUAUCUACUCUCACUGACCUCAAGUUCAUGCUGGAGGUUUACAGCCAUGCUUGCCAAUGUCUUUGCUUCUCAAGUUGUUCCACCAGGCACUUACAAUACUCUUAAACUGGCAAUAUUACUGAGCCUAGUACAGACGUGUGAAAUAGAAAGUGCAGAUUACCUCGAUCUCCUGAUUGUGACAAGUGACACUCUAAUAAUUGAUAGGCUUCUGAAUUACAGCAUAUGUCUCCUGCCUCGUGGCAUACGACACCCAUCCUCUAGCGACAUCUUUCCUUCUGUGUCCAAAGACAAACACGGGACUGGAAGUGCUAGUAUUCAAGCUUGCAGUGCUCUGCUGGCGCAGGGUGGUAUCUGUUACAUAGGAGACUUAUCUUCAUACAAAAAGGAUAAACUUGAACUUCUGCAAUCCGUUCUGGAGAGCAGGACAACAACGCUGUUCAUUCCUGGGAAGAAGUAUGGAGAAGAGGCUGACCAACAAGUGACUAUUGCAGUUCAGACCAAUUUUUGGUCUUACGUCGAUGUGGGUUCUUCCCCAAAGAAACAUAUAGCAAGGGACAGCUUUUUAAUCGGGCAGAUGGACUUGAGUUUGAUGCCACCUAAUCUUUUAGAUGUUUUUGGGCUGUUGAUAUACAAUGAAUUUCCUUCGUGUCAGCUGUCUUUUCCUGUAGUGAAUCAUGUCUUGCAAAAAGCCAUUAAUCCCGAAGCCAUGCUGUACAGAGUCUCACAGCAGUUCAGAACACAGGAUUAUGAAGAGUUAAUUUUGUUUGCUAAGAAUCUUCACGUCCAACUGAGUUCUGAAGCAGAAAACCUCAUUCAGGGCUACUACCUUGCAAGUCGCAGAGUGAGGACAGAUUCUGUGCAUGGAUCAAAAUUAUCAGCAUCUGCACUAAAAAUCCUGAUUUCACUGUCCAAAGCUCAUACUAAACUAAGUUUGAGGAAGAAAGUCCUUGAGGAAGAUGCACUGAUUGCCAUCCUGUUGUUUGAAUCAUCUCUUACCUUAAAACAUGGCAAGUCUGCAUUGUGCAUAGAGCCAAACGCAGUAUUUCCAUUUGACCUCAGUGAUGAGAACAGCCUGCAACAGAGAGAUAUUUACCUAUUGCAGUGCCACCAUCAGCUGCUUCAGUUUAUUGGUGCAUAUGGCCCAGGGACUUACAUUAGCACUAACGAAGAAUGAAGUCUCCACUCUGAGUCUGAAGCUUCUACUUUAGCUUCCUGGGACUGCAGUUACAGAGAAGUAGACAACUGUUUUCAGUGCUAUUUUGCAAAGAAAUAAAGCACAGUUGAUAGGAUUUAAUUACUGAUGUAAGACAACUUUAACUUAUUUGUGUACUAUAAAUUUUAAGAUUUAUAUCA